UGCGCUGCAAAUACAGCUGAGCGCCGUCAGGCGGCACUUUCUCGUCAAAGGAGGCGGGAUGGUUUGCCGCCGCUUUUCCCGCGCAAAUCCCGUUCCCGCCGUUUGAAGGAAGAUCUGUGGCGGACAGGAGAUGCUCCCAUCAUGCCCAACACCCGUUGAGGUACCUGGGGAAAGUGGGAAGUGGAGUCCAACGCAGGGAUGGAAGAAGCUGGAGUAAUGAACCUCUUUUCCUCGAGUCAAAGAAAAGAGGUCUGAGCGUUGAAGAGAAGAGAACUCGAAUGAUGGAAAUCUUUUUUGAAACAGAACACAUUACAAAACAAACUGUUUUCUUCUCACUUUUUUGGUAUCAGAAAGAUGUAUUUCAAUUAAAGGAUAUUGAGAAAAUUGCUUCGAAAGAAAAAGGAAUAACAUCUAUGUCAGUAAAGGAUAUCUUACAAAGCUUAGUUGAUGAUGGUAUGGUAGACACUGAUAGGAUUGGAACGUCAAAUUAUUUUUGGGCCUUCCCAAGUAAAGCAUUGCACACAAGAAAAUGUAAACUGGAAGAACUGCAGAAUCAGUUCUCAGACUAUUGUCAGAAGAAAAAGGAUUUAGAAGAAAGUAUCACGCAAUCAAAAAUUGGGCGGCAAGAUACUGCAGAACGUGCAGCACUAAUAAAGGAACUUAGUACCUUACAACAGAAGAAAGACCAUCUAAAGACAGAAGUAGAUAAAUACAAAGAAUGUGAUCCAGAUAUUGUUGAAGAAAUCCGUCAAGCAAAUAAAAUAGCCAAGGAAGCAACCAACAGAUGGACUGAUAAUAUAUUUGCUGUAAAAUCUUGGGCUAAACGGAAGUUUGGAUUUGAAGACAACAAAAUUGACAAAACAUUUGGUAUACCAGAAGAUUUUGACUAUAUUGAUUGAAAGUGUUUAAUAAAAAAAGAUGCCUUAUAACUUAAUAUUGUUCAAGAUGCUUUUAUUUUAAAUUGUAUUUCAUUCCUACCAUUACUAGUACUGUAAUUAAUAAAAUCUGAAAACCCUGAA